CCAAACAUGAUUUCCAGAAUUCAACUCUGGAAUAAAGUAAAAAAUAUUCAUGGCCAAACGGCCACUAAAAAAAAUUAGAAAUUUGCAAUUGUAAUCCGUGUCAUCCCAUUAAUCAUUAUCCAGAGGUUUAUUUUGUGUACUAUUUUACAGUAUAAGCCCAGUGUGUGUGUGUUGAUGAAAUGAAGUUGCUCGAUUGGAUAUGGCUAUGAAGCUCUCUGUUAGGUAUUUUGCAUAGUGAGCCUGUCGGUGUAUGAAGAAGAAACUUUAGAUGCUCAUCUUUUCUAUUAAGAAACUUGAAUAAAAGCUUAUUGUGUUUGUAUGUUUCCUAAUCAUGUAAUUAUUGGUUGUUUUUGGAACAUACAAAAUCGAUGAGGACAAUUGUAAUGGUGAUGUUUGUAUUUGCAUAUUUGUGUUUAAGUGGUUGUUAACUUUUUUCAAAUAUGUAUUGAAUAUCGAUACUAGAUACGUGGUCCCGUUAUAUUAACUUGAGGUCAUUGUCCUAGAACUGAAUUUUGAACCCAUAAAGUUGAAAUCUUGGGUUCCCCUCUAUCCUCAACUAUGAUGGCGAGUGGUGAUCCUCAUCAGCAUCAGCAGCACCAGCCACCGCCACAGCAACAAUUCCAGCAACAACACCCGCAACAACACCAGCAACAACACUUGCAACAAAACCAGCAGCAGCACCCUCCACAUUUUGGUGAGUUUCCAAGGGGUCCACAGCCUCCACCAGGUCCACCUCCCAUGAUGCGGCAGCCAUCCGCAUCCUCCAGUACUCUUAAUUCUCAGCCACCUGGACCUCCUCCUCAUCCUUCUUAUGACGCUCAUGCUGAUAGUUUUGCUGCAAAGAGAAUGAGAAAGAUUGGUCAGAGAAGAGCAGUUGAUUACACUAGUACAGUUGUAAGAUAUAUGCAGAUCCGCAUGUGGCAGCGCGAUUCGAGGGAUAGGACAGUGUUACAACCUAGCCCAGCAGCAGCAGUUGAUAUAUUGCCAGCAGUUGCCUAUUUGGAUAAUCCAUCCACGAGUUUUUCUGCUAAAUUUGUUCAUACAUCUUUAAAUAAAAACCGUUGUUCAAUCAACUGUGUUGUGUGGACUCCUAGUGGGCGGCGCCUUAUUACUGGAUCUCAAAGUGGUGAAUUCACACUCUGGAAUGGGCAAUCAUUUAACUUUGAAAUGAUACUUCAGGCUCAUGAUCAAGCAGUCAGGUCAAUGGUAUGGAGCCACAAUGAUAACUGGAUGGUCACUGGUGAUGAUGGGGGCACAAUAAAGUACUGGCAAACCAAUAUGAAUAAUGUCAAAGCCAAUAAGAAUGCACAUAAAGAAUCAAUACGGGAUUUGAGCUUCUGUGGUACGGAUUUAAAAUUCUGCUCCUGUUCUGAUGACCAUACUGUUAAAGUAUGGGACUUUGCAAGGUGCCAAGAAGAGCGCUCAUUAACUGGCCAUGGUGGGGAUGUGAAGAGUGUUGAUUGGCACCCUACAAAGUCUCUAUUAGUCUCAGGUGCAAAAGAUAAUCUUGUUAAACUUUGGGAUGCCAAGUCAGGGAAGGAGCUUUCCUCAUUUCACGGGCAUAAGAAUAACGUUCUCUGUGUAAAGUGGAAUCAAAAUGGUAACUGGGUCCUUACUGCUGCUAAGGAUCAAAUUAUCAAGCUUUAUGACAUAAGGGCUAUGAAGGAGCUUGAGUCAUUCCGGGGGCAUCAGAAGGAUGUGACAUCACUGGCCUGGCAUCCCUUUCAUGAAGAAUAUUUCGUCAGCGGAAGCUAUGACGGUUCAAUAUUUCAUUGGCUUGUGGGGCAUGAAGCUCCUCAAGUAGAAAUUACAAAUGCACAUGAAACUGGUGUCUGGGAUCUUGCAUGGCACCCUAUUGGCUAUCUUCUUUGCAGUGGCAGCAAUGAUCAGACAACAAAGUUCUGGUGCAGAAAUAGGCCUGGGGACUCUGCUCGUGAUAAAUUCAAUUUAGGACAGCAAGGUUUGGGUGAUCAAAACAAUGUUCUUGGUCGCAUGCCUGGUAAUUUUCCAGGUCCUGAGGCCCCAUCAACUCCCGGAGCAUUUGCCUCUGGUAUGUUACGAACUGAGGGUACAAUACCUGGAGUUGGAGCUGCAAUGCCACUGUCUAUCCCAUCACUUGAUUCAUCAUCUCAAGUAGAACAGAAGACUUCGAUGCCUAUAGGAGCUCCUCCUCUUCCUCCUGGUCCACAUCCAUCUCUUCUUGCAAGUAAUCAGCAGCAAGCAUAUCAACAGAACAUGCAGCAAGCUCAGCAGCAGCAGUCACUACCUCAACAAAUGACUUCUCAUCCGUUGCAACCACCGAAUUUGCCACAGCUACAGCCUCCACAUAUGCCUCUAAUGCCACAUCCUCAUUUACCUCGGCCACCACCCCAACUACAACAAGUAAACAUGCCCGGCCUUCAGUCUUCAAUGCCAGGAUCUGGACCCAUCCAAGGAAUGUCUAUUCCUGGUUCGAUGGGGUUACAAGGCAACAUGAAUCAGAUGGGUCCUCCAAUGCCUCAAGGUCAUUUUGUUGGCAUGCCUUCUGGAUCUGGACCACAGGGCAAUGUUCCUCCAGGUGGAAUGCCAAAUGGGUUGCCAAACAUGCAAGGCCCUCAAAACCCAGGAGGCAAUCAGAUGUUUCCACCAGGACGAGGCUUCAACAGGCAACAAGCUGGACAGAUGCCGCUCAUGCCUGGACUUAAUCCUUAUCAGGUGAAUGGCAUCAAUCUGGAAAUCCAAACACACCUGGAAUGCACAUGCAAUCAAACUUUGGUCAUCAAUCUGGAAUGCCUCCGCCACUGCCGCCAGGGCCUCCACCACAUAAUCAAGGACAUUAAUAGGCCAUUGUUUAUAGUCUUGAGUGUUACAAGCUUUAUUCGAGUUGUCUGUUGAAAAUCUCUUCACUGCACCAGUUAAAUUGGCUAAUUGAUUUUCUUGGAAAGACAAUUAGAUAGCAUCUCUUUAUCUUCUUUGAUGUAUUUUUAGAAAAUGUACUGCAUAUUUAUGCAUUCACUAUAAUAUUUUGAUGGCACUUUUAACUUCUAAGAA